ACUUCUUGUUCGUUGAGUGUCACCUCAAUCCGCCGAACAGAGUUCUUCGUCGUCUCUCACUUUUCCCGGUGGCCGUCAUUUUUUAAACCUUGACGAUGAGUAUCGUGCUAUCAAUUUCCCGGCGCCGGAACUCUUAUGUUCUGCUCAACCAUGUCAGAUUCCUCCGCCGAGUUUGUGAUGAUGUUGAACCACCACGGCCGGAAAUCAAAUCGGAGAGCCAGGAAUCCGUAGUAGCAAAAUUUUUGGAGAACCUUAAAAAGCUCCCGCAACAUGAUUGGGCGUCGAGCGAGUCGCUAAGUUCACUUCUCGUAUCUUCUUCUUCUGUUUCUCCUGUAGCAUUCGCUCAAAUCACGCGGCGGCUAGGAUCGUACUCUCAAGCAAUCUCGUUCUUCGAGUACCUGGAUGCGAAAUCUGAGUCUCUUAAUCGCCGUGAUGCAUCUCUCUCCUUGACAUUGCAAUCGGUUAUUGAAUUCGCCGGUAGGGAAGGACCUGAAUCGCGGGAUAAACUUCUCCAGCUUUACGAGAUUGCCAAAGAGAAGAACAUCCCGCUUACUGUUGUUGCCGCUAAGCUUCUGAUCCGAUGGUUUGGGCGUGUGGGUAUGGUGAAUCAGUCGGUUAUUGUAUACGAAGGGCUCGAUUCGGAUAUGAAAAACACGCCAGUUCGUAAUGUUGUAAUCGGUGUGUUGCUAAGAAAUGGACUUGUGGAUGAUGCCUUCAAGGUGCUCGACGAAAUGCUUCAGAAAGAAUCAGUUUUUCCUCCUAAUAGAAUCACAGCGGAUAUUGUGUUGCACGAGGUUUGGAAGGGAAGGCUUUUGACUGAAGGAAAGCUCAUUGGGUUGAUUUCAAGAUUUAGCUCUCAUGGUGUCUCCCCAAACUCUGUUUGGCUGACUCGGUUUAUUAAUAGUCUAUGCAAAUAUGGUGGUAGCACCAAUGCAGCUUGGGAUAUUUUGAGCGACCUGAUGAAGAACAAUGCCCCACUUGAAGCUCCUCCCUUCAAUGCGCUCUUGUCAUGCUUAGGAAGGAAUAUGAACAUUGGUAGAAUGAGUGAUUUAGUCUUGAAGAUGGAUGAGAUAGGAAUUAGGCCUGAUGUUGUGACUUUAGGGAUCCUUAUUAACACUUUGUGCAAAUCAAGGAGGGUCGAUGAAGCACUCCAAGUUUUUGAACAAAUGUGUGGAAAGAGAAGUGAAGAUGGGAAUGUGAUUAAAGCUGAUUCGAUUCUUUUUAAUACUCUCAUUGACGGGCUCUGCAAGACGUGGAGGUUGGAAGAAGCAGAGGAGUUGUUGGCAAGGAUGAAGGUGGAAGAGAGUUGUGCGCCCAAUGCAGUUACUUAUAAUUGCUUGAUCGAUGGGUAUUGCAGAGCUGGAAAGCUUGAGACGGCUAAAGAAGUUGUUUCUCAGAUGAAGGAGGCCGGGAUCAAACCGAAUGUGGUUACUCUUAAUUCAAUCGUUGGUGGGAUGUGCAGGCACCAUGGAUUGAACAUGGCGGUUCUUUUCUUUAUGGAUAUGGAAAAGGAAGGCGUGAAAGGGAAUGUGAUUACUUAUAUGACAUUGAUCCAUGCUUGUUGCAGCGUCAGUAACAUAGAAAAGGCUAUGCAUUGGUAUGAUAAAAUGUUGGAAGCUGGUUGUUCUCCUGAUGCAAAUAUCUAUUAUGCUUUGAUCUCUGGAUUGUGCCAAGCUAGGCAGGAUCAUGACGCCAUUAGAGUGGUGGAGAAACUGAAAGAGGGAGGGUUUUCUCUUGACUUAUUGGCUUACAACAUUCUUAUUGGGUUGUUUUGUGAUAAGAAUAAUGCAGAGAAAGUCUAUGAGAUGCUAACCGAUAUGGAAAAAGAAGGGAUGAAACCUGAUUCCAUCACUUACAACACUCUCAUUUCGUUUUUCGGCAGACACAAGGACUUCCAGAGUGUUCAGAAAAUGAUGGAGCAGAUGAGAGAAGACGGGUUAGACCCGACUGUUGUAACGUAUGGAGCGGUAAUCGAAGCUUAUUGUUCAGUCGGAGAAUUAAACGAAGCAAUGAAGCUCUUCAAGGAAAUGGGUUUGCAGUCAAAGGUCAAGCCGAACACUGUGAUAUACAACAUUCUCAUAAACGCAUUUUCUAAGCUGGGGAAUUACGAACAAGCUCUGUCGCUGAAAGAGGAAAUGAAGAAGAUGGUGAGGCCUAAUGUUGAAACUUACAAUGCCUUGUUUAACUGUCUCAAAGAGAAGAGCCAAACUGAGACAUUGCUUAAGCUGAUGGAUGAGAUGGUAGAACAGUCCUGUGAACCAAAUCAGAUCACCAUGGAGAUUCUAAUGGAGCGUCUCUCAGGUUCUAAUGAGUUAGUUAAGCUGAGGAAGUUUAUGCAAGGUUAUUCUGUUGCUACUCGGACUGAGAAAGCUUCACCUUUCGAUGUCUUUGGCUUGGGAUAGUGGUUUAGUAGAUUCAGUAACUUAUAGAUUAGUAAAAAUGAUCUAAAUUUUGUCUUUGAUUCUGUCGUGCUUCUACACAAUCGUUAUUUAUGUUUGGUUUUAUUCUUCAA